CACACGCGCGCCCUGUCAUAAAACUGAAGCUGUGCGCGCGUGAGAUCCCCGCAGGGCCGUGACCACUAACCGUGCCGCGCGCGUUUAAGCGGGUUUGACAUUUAUCACGUGGAGCGCUGAUAGGCUCGGCCCUCCGAGGAGAAGAGAAGAGGAGGAGGAGGAGGAGGAGAAGAGAGCAGGCAGGAGGAGAAGAAGAGAUCAGCAGGAGGAGAAGAGAAGGAAAAGAGAGCAGCAGGAGGAGAAGAGAAGAAGAGAGAGCAGCAGGAGGAGAAGAGAAGAAGAGAGAGCAGCAAGAGGAGGAGGAGGAGAAGUGAAUCCCAUCUCUCUCUCUCCAGCAGAGCGCAUAUGAGUGGAGUCAGGGCAGCGAGCCGCCUCUCCUUCUUCCCCUGAUUCGGUUCUUCUCUCCCCCGGUGUGGACUGAGAGCUCUCCGGGAUCAUGGAGGAUGUGUAUCCGUACACUCGGAGUCCUGCCUGGGAGGAACUGGAGCCGGAAAAAGGGCCGGUGUCCGCGGCGGGGGUCCAUGCCCAUGUGGUGGGGGCUGUGUCCGGCUCCGGGGCUGCGGACGAGUCCUCUGACAGCGAGGCGGAGCAGGAAGGGCCCCAGAAACUCAUCCGGAAAGUGUCCACCUCGGGACAGAUCAGGAGCAAGACGAGCAUAAAGGAGGGACUGCUGCUGAAACAGACCAGCUCCUUCCAGAGGUGGAAAAAGCGUUACUUCAAACUCAGAGGACGAACUCUCUACUACGCCAAAGAUGCCAAGUCCCUUAUCUUCGAUGAGGUGGACCUGUCGGACGCCAGUGUUGCAGAGUCCAGCACUAAGAAUGUCAACAACAGCUUCACGGUGAUCACUCCGUUCCGUAGGCUCAUCCUCUGCGCCGAGAACAGGAAAGAGAUGGAGGACUGGAUCAGCUCGCUCAAGUCCGUCCAGUCCAGGGAGCACUAUGAGACGGCACAGUUCAACGUGGAGCAUUUCUCAGGGAUGCACAACUGGUACGCCUGCUCCCAUGCACGGCCCACCUUCUGCAACGUCUGUAAAGACAGCCUGUCGGGCGUCACGUCUCACGGCCUCUCCUGUGAAGUGUGCAAAUUCAAAGCGCACAAACGCUGUGCAGUCAGAGCCACCAACAACUGUAAGUGGACGACCCUGGCCUCCAUCGGGAAGGACAUCAUCGAGGACGAGGACGGGAUUGCCAUGCCUCACCAGUGGUUGGAAGGAAACCUGCCCGUCAGUGCCAAGUGUGCCGUGUGUGAUAAGACGUGUGGGAGCGUACUGAGGCUGCAGGACUGGCGUUGCCUCUGGUGCAAAGCCAUGGUGCACACAGCCUGUAUGGACCUCUACCCUCGAAAGUGUCCCCUCGGUCAGUGCAAAGUCUCCAUCAUCCCACCCACCGCGCUCAAUAGCAUCGACUCAGAUGGCUUCUGGAAGGCCACCUGUCCCCCGUCCUGUGCCAGCCCCCUCCUGGUCUUCGUGAACUCCAAAAGCGGAGACAACCAGGGCGUGAAAUUCCUGCGCCGCUUCAAGCAGCUCCUCAACCCGGCUCAAGUCUUCGACCUGGUCAACGGAGGACCUCACCUCGGGCUGCGUCUGUUUCAGAAGUUUGAUAACUUCAGGAUCCUGGUGUGUGGAGGAGACGGGAGCGUGGGCUGGGUCCUCUCUGAGAUCGACAAACUCAACCUUCACAAACAGUGCCAGCUGGGGGUCUUGCCUCUGGGUACGGGUAACGAUCUGGCCCGGGUGCUGGGCUGGGGCCCGUCCUGCGACGACGACACCCAGCUGCCUCAGAUCCUGGAGAAGCUGGAGAGGGCCAGCACCAAGAUGCUGGACCGCUGGAGCAUCAUGACCUACGAGAUUAAGAUCCCACCCAAACACAGCUGCCCCACUACGCCUGAAGGAGCCGACGACUGCCAGUUUCACAUUUCAGCCUACGAAGACUCAGUCGCUGCUCACCUCACCAAGAUCCUGAACUGUGAGCAGCACUCUGUGGUCAUCUCCUCUGCCAAGAUCCUGUGUGAAACCGUGAAGGACUUUGUUGCCAAAGUGGGGAAAGUGUACGAGAAGAGUGCAGAGAACGCUGAGGAGUGUGACAGCAUGUCUUUCAAAUGUUCCAUCCUGAACGAGAAGCUGGACUCGCUCCUGCACACCCUCAACGCCGAGUGCCAGGCCCUGCCUCAGCUCCCCCACUCCACCCCUCCCAUCGUGGAGGAGGAGCAGGAGGAGGAGGAGGAGGAAGAGGAGGAGGAGGCCAGCGAGGAGAGCCUGACGGAGCUGAAGGAGAAGCUGGAGGAGGAGGAGACGGAGAAGGGAGGAGGUGGAGGAGGAGGAGGAGGAGGAUCCCCACAUCAGCUGUUUAAGAGCAGGGAGCAGCUGAUGCUCCGGGCCAACAGUCUGAAGAAGGCAGUGAGGCAGAUCAUCGAGCAGGCCGAGAGAGUGGUCGAUGAGCAGAACGCCCACACGGACGACACCGAGCUGCCGUCUCCCAUCGAGUUCAGGAAGGACAGCGAGGAGGAGAACAGAGACAGCGAGAAGGACGAGGACACCAAGGAGCUGGAACUGCCCUCUGCUAAGAGUCCCUGCUCCCCUACAGAGAGGAGGGUGAGCCGCAGCACCCAGUCCUGUGGCUCCUUCACCAUCACCCCCUUCACCACCAGCAAGGAGAACCUGCCUGUGCUCAACACACGCAUCAUCUGCCCUGGGUUACGAGCAGGGCUGGCCGCCUCCAUCGCCGGCAGCUCCAUCAUUAGUAAGAUGCUGCUGGCUAACAUCGACCCGUUCGGUGCCACGCCUUUCAUCGACCCUGACCUGGACUCGCUAGAGGGCUACAUGGAGAAGUGUGUCAUGAACAACUACUUCGGCAUCGGCCUGGAUGCAAAGAUCUCUCUGGAGUUCAACAACAAACGAGAGGAGCAUCCAGAAAAGUGCAGGAGUCGUACCAAGAACAUGAUGUGGUACGGUGUUCUGGGCACGAAGGAGCUUCUGCAGAGAACCUACAAGAACCUGGAGCAGAAGGUCCAGCUGGAGUGUGACGGUCAGUACAUCCCUCUGCCCAGCCUGCAGGGGAUCGCCGUGUUAAACAUUCCCAGCUACGCAGGCGGGACCAACUUCUGGGGCGGCACCAAGGAGGACGACAUCUUCUGUGCUCCGUCCUUCGAUGAUAAGAUCCUGGAGGUGGUGGCUGUGUUUGGGAGCAUGCAGAUGGCCGUGUCCAGAGUCAUCAAGCUGCAGCAUCACCGCAUUGCACAGUGUCGGACAGUGAAGAUCACAAUCCUGGGGGAUGAGGGAGUUCCCAUUCAGGUGGACGGGGAGGCCUGGAUCCAGCCGCCUGGAGUCAUCAAGAUCCAGCACAAGAACAGGGCUCAGAUGCUCACCAGAGACCGGGCGUUUGAGAACACUCUGAAGUCGUGGGAGGACAAGCUGAAGUAUGAUAAGCCUCCUCUGCGGCCUCACCUCUACCCGCAGCAGUCUGUGGACCUCGCCACCGAGGAGGAGGCCACCCUGGUGCAGAUGUGCGCUCGAGCUGCAGAGGAGCUCAUAACGAGGAUCUGUGAGGCUGCAAAGACCUACGGGCUGUUAGAGCAGGAGCUGGCUCAUGCUGUUAAUGCUGCAUCACACGCCAUCAACAAAACACACCCCAAGUUUCCAGAGAAUCUGACCAGAAACACGGCGAUAGAGGUCGCCAGCACCGUGAAGGCUCUCUACAACGAGACCGAGUCCCUGCUGAUCGGCAGAGUCUCUUUGCAGCUGGACCCCCCCGAGGAGGAGCAGCUGUCCAACGCUCUGCAGAAUGCCGAGCUGGAACUGGCCAAACUGGGAGAGAUCCCCUGGCUCUACCACAUACUGCAGCCCAACGACGAAGAGGUUGACUGUGCUUAUGUAUCAGGAUCACUCUCUGGGUUACGGCAAGAGGAACAGUCGCAGCAGCAUGUUCCGCAUAGUGCCCAAGUUCAAGAAGGAGAAGGCGGCCAAGAAGACGAGCCCUCAGUCAGUGGAGAGAUGGGGCACAGAGGAAGUGGGCGUCUGGCUGGAACAGCUGAGUCUCGGGGAGUACAGAGACAGCUUCAUCAGACACGACAUCCGCGGCUCGGAGCUGCUGCACCUGGAGAGGAGGGACCUGAAGGAUCUGGGGAUAUCGAAAGUGGGUCAUAUGAAGAGAAUUCUGCAGGGAACUAAGGACCUGGCCAAGGCCUCCAUGGUUGACCUCUAACCUGGCCGGGGAAUCCGACCCUCCCGUUACGUCAGUGGAGCAGUUUGGGAGCACCCUUUGCAGAGACGGAGACAUGAUGAGAAUUCAACAGGAUCUGGAGGAACCCUCUGCUGACGUGUGUUUGUUUCUUUGGUGCCAAAAUGACUGUCGCAGAGAGCCGCAACAGGAAGUCAUGGACCCUCAGUAAAAAAAGCCAUUAAUAAGUUAAUAACCAUUCAUAGCACACAAUCAGGUAUGCAACUAACUACACUGUUGACAGCCGACUCCUUGUCUGAGUUGUGAUAACAAACUAGUAGCAAAACCAGGACUUCCAUGAGUGUGGGGUUGAGUUUCAGGGGUGUAGAAAGGUUGGCCUCACACUGCAGAGCUGCAGCUGCAUUCAAACAACCUGUUCAGGUGUGAUCUGGAAGGUGUGGACACUGUCGCAUGCUAUGCUUGCUCAACUUUAACUCUGUUUAACUGCAUGAUUAGUGUCUUGAUUUUUUUGUGUGCAGAAUAACACUUGAACAAGUUUUACAUGACUUUAGUAUUACGAUGCCAUUUGUUACUACUGAAGCAUCUUUUUUUUGUUUGGGUUUUUUUUUUGCUUUUGGAGCUUUAAUUUAUUCCGUUUGCAUGAUAAUGACGUGUCAAAGAUUUGUGCCAUACUUUCAGUCAUUUAGUGUGAAACGUGCUUUUAUCGGUAGACAUCAUAAGAAGUUUUUAAAAAGCUGUUGAUGAGGUAGAAUUUGUGGAUUUGAUAUCUGUAAGUUGACACGUUCUUUGUGGAUGUGAAAUCAGUACCUAAGUGAAUGUCUAAGAAAACAUGAUUAUUUGAUGAUUUUGUUCAAACUCUUUAUUUCAGUGAGUCUUCUUUUCAUGUAGACGAGGGGAACCGAAGUGUUUUUACACCGGGGUCUUAUAUUUUGAAGAUUAACAGUUCUCUAAAUGACGCACAGGUUCAUGAAGUUUGAGAAUCGCUCCAGCACAUCGAUGGUUCUCCCCAAAACCUCUUCAAUCACACGUUCACCCCAUGUUUCUGAAAUAUGCAGCAUGACGGUGCUUUAGCGCCACCUACUGCUUUGGAGUGUGAACGAAUCACGCACAGUGUCGUGGGAGACACAUGCGCCAAAAUAAAGGCGCGGAAAAGAUUGUAUCCACUGCUUUUUAGAAUCUGCAACGCCUUAACACAACUUAGGUUUGGGUCUCCACCCACCAGAGGAGAACCAUGGGAGUCAGAGAGCAGCUGUGCAAUAAUGUCCGCCAUGUUAUCCUUUGCAGAUAAUGCACCAUGUUCUGGUUUUUGUUACUGACAGGUUCAGGAUUUCUGUUUGUCUGUUGUUUUUGGCAACAUUGGAGAAAAGAUACUCACAGAGCAUCCUUUUUUUUUAGGCAUUAUUGCCUUUAUUUUGAUAGGACAGCUGAAGAGAGACCGGUAAUAUGGGGAGUAGAGAGUGGGGGAGGACAUGCAGGAAAUGGUCAAGGCUGGAAUUGAACCUAUGACCUCUGCGACUAGGGCUAUAGCCUCUGUACAUGGGGUGCAUGCUUAGACCGCUAGGCCAACGCUGCCCCCACAGAUCGCCUUUUUAAAGAAACAGCUGUUACAUCGCUCUCUUCGUUGAACCCUGCAGGAAACUGUGAGCUUCUGCACACUGCGCUUUGCAAACGUUUCCAAUGGUUAGUGCAUUUACAGUUAUAUUUUUGGCCUUUUCGCCUUUAUUUUGAUAGGACAGCUGAAGAGAGACAGGAAAUAUGGGGAGUAGAGAGCAAGGGAGGACAUGCAGGAAAUGGUCAAGGCUGGAAUUGAACCUAUGAUCUCUGCGACUAGGGCUAUAGCCUCUGUACAUGGGGUGCACGCUUAGACCGCUAGGCCAACGCUGCCCCCACAGAUCACCUUUUUAAAGAAACAGCUGUUACAUCGCUCUCUUCAUUUAACCCUGCAGAGAAUAAGGAGCUUCUGCACACUGCGCUUUGCAAACAUUUCCAAUGGUUAGUGCAUUUACAGUUAUAUUUUUGGCCUUUUCGCCUUUAUUUUGAUAGGACAGCUGAAGAGAGACAGGAAAUAUGGGGAGUAGAGAGCAAGGGAGGACAUGCAGGAAAUGGUCAAGGCUGGAAUUGAACCUAUGACCUCUGUGAUGAGGGCUAUAGCCUCUGUACAUGGGGCGCACACUUAGACCGCUAGGCCAACGCUGCCCCCACAGAUCACCUUUUUAAAGAAACAGCUGUUACAUCGCUCUCUUCAUUUUGACCCUGCAGGAAACUGUGAGCUUCUGCACACUGCGCUUUGCAAACAUUUCCAAUGGUUAGUGCAUUUACAGUUAUAUUUUUGGCCUUCUUGCCUUUAUUUUGAUAGGACAGCUGAAGAGAGACAGGAAAUAUGGGGAGUAGAGAGCAAGGGAGGACAUGCAGGAAAUGGUCAAGGCUGGAAUUCAACCUAUGACCUCUGCGACAAGGGCUAUAGCCUCUGUACAUGGGGUGCACACUUAGACCGCUAGGCCAACGCUGCCCCCACAGAUCACCUUUUUAAAGAAACAGCUGUUACAUCGCUCUCUUCGUUGAACCCUGCAGAAAAUAAGGAGCUUCUGCACACUGCGCUUUGCAAACGUUUCCAAUGGUUAGUGCAUUUACAGUUAUAUCUUUUGGCCUUCUUGCCUUUAUUAACAGGACAGCUAAAGAGAGACAGGAAAUAUGGGGAGUAGAGAGCAGGGGAGGACAUGCAGGAAAUGGUCAAGGCUGGAAUUGAACCUAUGACCUCUGCGACAAGGGCUAUAGCCUCUGUGCAUUGGGGUGCACACUUAGACCGCUAGGCCAACGCUGCCCCCACAGAUCGCCUUUUUAAAGAAACAGCUGUUACAUCGCUCUCUUCGUUUAACCCUGCAGAAAAUAAGGAGCUUUUGCACACUGCGCUUUGCAAACGUUUCCAAUGGUUAGUGCAUUUACAGUUAUAUCUUUGGCCUUUUCGCCUUUAUUUUGAUAGGACAGCUGAAGAGAGACAGGAAAUAUGGGGAGUAGAGAGCAAGGGAGGACAUGCAGGAAAUGGUCAAGGCUGGAAUUGAACAUAUGACCUCUGUGAUGAGGGCUAUAGCCUCUGUACAUGGGGUACACGCUUAGACCGCUAGGCCAACGCUGCCCCCACAGAUCACCUUUUUAAAGAAACAGCUGUUACAUCGCUCUCUUCAUUUUGACCCUGCAGGAAAUUGUGAGCUUCUGUAUGCUGCAUUUUGCAAACGUUUCCAAUGGGUAGUGCAUUUACAACAUGACACCUAUGAGCUCACGAUAAAGCAAAAGCUUGUGACGUUACUAAAGUGAUGCUUCACUUCUGCACUGGAGUCUGGUGUCUUUGCAUCUCAGAAUAACAAUCUGAGCCUGUCAGGAACAGAAACGAGACGUAGUUUGAUCAGGUGCAUUUUUAUGUUGCAUCCAUUGUGGUCUGUUUCACUGCUGCUUGCUGAAGCGAUUCCAAACCUGUCCGUCAUCUAGACCCUAAACUGUUCAGGACCCUGGUUCUAAAACACCUAAAGGACCCCAUACAAGAGGAAGGAGACACGUUAGUCUUAAGGAAAGUCAAAUACUGGGUUUGAACCUCACUUAUUGUAGGAUUGUUGAGUUAUUUUUUAAGGAAUACUUAUCAGGCACUUUUUACUUCUUGCAUUUACGCAAGUGCAAAAACUCAUAUCAUGACAUAGAUUAACAGCUCACCUCAACUUUGUACCUUUUGGCGAUGUAAACAAUAUUUAACACUAAAGAGAAUAGACUUUAGAUACGUAACAGAGCAGUUGAUCUGCGGCCCGCAUAGCGUCGUUCAAGUGCAGCUUUUUUCCCUUCAAAGUAAAAGCAAGACGUUGAUAGAUUCUUCUUUUAGUUUCUUUUAAGACUGGUGGCAUUACAGGGUAUAUUUCUACAUGUGAUGCUAAGUUUGUACAUAUAUAAAUAUAUAUAUGCACUGUAUAUACAGUAUACCAGUGUAUGCAAACAAUGUUUGUAAGUGUCGUAGUCUGAUGCAUUUGUAGAUCGCUGACAUGGCAUGCAUUGUCAACAGCUUACACAUUUGAUUGUGUAUAUUACACCUCGAGGAGUGUGUGUUGUUGGAUCUCUUGUACAUGACGAUGCUGUUGUAUUCUAAUGAUGGUGCAAUAUUUGAUCUCUUGUUUUGAUACUGUCUCUCUGCAGCUUUCUGACAUGAUGUUUCUCAGCCGGGGGGAAAAUAACAUUGAAAGAGUGAUUUUGUACGUUCUCCUCCUCCUCCAGGUUUUCAAAGUUUAAACCCGCUUUAGACAGACAGACUGCUUCUUUCUUACGGACUCCAAAUUUCUUCCAGCGGUUCACCAGUUUGUAGUUUUUUGCUCCUCCGUGCUUCCAAGAUGAUUCACUAAAGUAGGACCGUGUCGGCGAGCGAGAAGAAGGGCAGACCUGAGCGUUGUGUUUGUGUUCAUGCGAAUCAUAAUGUGUGUAACGUGUGCGUCUACUUCACAUGUGGCAUAUUUUACCAUAUCAACAAUUGUAUGACUACCAUUGCCAAAUUAUUUGAUCUAAUCUGAUCAUUUCCUCUCCUGAUUUUGGAGGAUGAUUUACUGCUUGCAUGCUGGUUUUAGUCCCACCUCUUCUUAGUUCCAAAGUCUUCUGUUGAAAGUUAAGUUCUAAAACUUACUUCCUUUCACUGAGAGAUGAAUUGAAAAUGCAUCAAAGCAGUGAUUUAAACGCAGACAUGCAUCGUCUCUAAUGUCCCACCAGAGGGCGAUCUAUUACAUUUCAUAUCCUUAAAGCAACAUGUCCAAGCAGCAUGGCUUCACAGCCCUGUAUGCAGACAAUCAGCUGACAUUCAGAAGCCUUUAUGUUAAAUUUAAAUCAUCUGAAGUAAUCUGCAUGCACUUGCUGUUUUGCAAUCUGUAGCCAAAGAUGGUGUCAGCUUCACAAACUUAUAAAAACAAGCUUGUUAUCCUGUUUUAUCCCUCCUCCAUGAUCGCUGCCUUUUAUUUAAUUUCUCAAUCAGACUUAUUGUUGAAUAUUAAACGACAGCUGAAGCCUCUCUGUCAGUCUGUGCUGUAAAUGCAGCCGUGUAGUCGACCUCUCACAUGCAUUAACUCUCCAUCCUGUCCUCUCAUCGUCUGUUUGUGAUCUGCCGGGCUCUCAGAAUGCUUGACCUUUCCAUGUAACGUGGAAGUAGCCACCUUUCUCCCCUUUCCCAGUGGUCUGUAAAUAAAUGCUGCAAACUGCCUGGUUUCUAAAAAAAACCAACGGAACCCAUGCAAGGAUCUCCAAAAAGAGACGGGAUAACAUUUAGUCUUUGACAUUCUUUUCCUAAAGCGAUGGGAGAGAAGUGAGUUUCAUUUGUUUACAUUAAGUUUACAAUGGCACAGGUUUAAUUUCUAAGAAUAUGUAUGUAGGUAUAAAACAAUAUUUGCAUAUUUAUUGCCUAAGGUUUAAUGACAUGAUGUGUAUUGUGUUUUCACAUUUGGAAUAUAAUGUUACAGUCGUCACCUGUAUUACUCUCUGGAUGAUUUUUGGUAAAGUAGUGGAUCAUUUCUAUGACUACUAAGUGACUGUUUUCUGUGCCUUUUUAUGGUUAGAAUGCAUGGUUAACUAUUUAUUACGAUUUGGAGUCACUGAGAUGUGUAUUUUUGUAUUCUGAAUAAAUAAAUGGUUCAGCUUUUGUUGUACAUUUUUAAGGUGCCUUAAAACAGGCUACCUAUUCAUAUCUCUCUUCUUCAAUAAAACCAAAUACAUAUGCAGUG